CAGACAGUGACGUCACCUCACAUCCAGAAGGACAGUUGGGAGCUUCGGGCAGAGAGACAUUGUUGACGUUUUGUUUUGAUCGCUUUUGCCUGGACUUUUGGACAGUACGCUGACAUUAUCCGCUGAUUUCGAAGCCCACCUUUCAGCGCUACCAUCACGCCACAGAGCGGGGAUCCAGCAAAGAUGAAAUGGAUGUUUAAAGAGGACCAUUCCCUCGAGCACCGAUGUGUGGAGUCAGCCAAAAUACGCAACAAAUACCCUGACAGAGUACCGGUGAUAGUGGAGAAGGUUUCUGGCUCUCAGAUAGUGGACAUUGAUAAGAGGAAGUACCUGGUGCCCUCUGACAUCACAGUGGCCCAGUUCAUGUGGAUUAUCAGGAAACGUAUCCAGCUGCCUUCAGAGAAAGCCAUCUUCCUCUUUGUCGACAAAACAGUCCCCCAAUCCAGUCUGACUAUGGGCCAGCUGUACGACAAGGAGAAGGACGAGGACGGCUUUCUGUACGUGGCCUACAGCGGAGAAAACACCUUUGGUUACAAGGCCUUUUAUACAACACGGGGUUAACACUUCACUGAAAACCAGUGUCACACACACACACACACACACACACACACACACACACACACACACACACACACAGUAGGACCCAACAAAUACUGGUGCACAUUGGCCUUUACAUGUGUUACUCAAGUAAUGCAUCUACACACUUUGCGCAGUCAUUUAUGGUCUUUUUGAUACAAAAAAAAUACACAUUCAUGGUGAAAAUUAACUACACCAAAAUACUACAAUAAACAAACUUGUUGGUCUUUUUGUCAUGAUUACUGUUUAAAGGUCAGUUGUGGAGAGAAAUAUCUUUAACACUGCCGUAAGAAUAACAAUUGCCACACAUUACACGCACGUCAGAUAUCAUUAAUUUUCCAGGUAUCGACAUCAGUAUUAGAUUUAAAAAAGAAAUAAAAACUCCUUUAGGCUCUGACACACACACACACACACACACACACGUCCAUCAUCACACAUCAUUUUCUUUCAAUCCAGCUUUGUUGUCACAGAUAUUUGUGUUCGGCUGGAGUGAGAAAGAAACCCAAUAAUCAUGUGACUAGAAUCAUUAACCACAAUAUGGAUGUAUUUGUAUGGCUCAUAAUAUUCUUUAUGUAACUUUAACUCCACAGGUACACUCAGCACUAUGAUAGGCUAUGAGAAUGACUAUAAGCAUUUGAAAGAUGGCAGCUCAUGCUGUUUGCAAUGGUGAAUGAUCCCUGUAAGCUGUUAGGAGGCAGCCAGUGUAAGGUGUGUCCAGCUCUCGGCCUGGGACCAACACCAGUCCCUGGGGUGUUCCUGAGUGCUUCCCUGCCUGGCUAUUAUGUAUUUGCACUUUAUGUUGGCUGAAUAGUCAAGCUGGAUUCCGACUCAUGAUGCCAACAGCAAGUCAUGUAACCUCAGUGAACUGCUAAAGAAAUCCAACACUUUACUUGAAGUUUAUUGUGUCAAACUGUGAUAUACAGUAUGUUUAUGUUGUCAUCACAGAGCAACAAUCUGAAAAUUGCCAUCACUUAGCAGAAAACUCACCCUGUUACUCUUCUUAUAUUAUCAGUCUGUGACGCAGUGAUGAAGUGUUGCACUUAAUCUUCUCUCCCUCAGCCUGAGUCAUCUUCAUCUGCAUCAGUUAGUAGUUUCCUCCACUCCCCAGAAUGCCUUUCAUUGUUUUGGUCUUCUGCUCUGCAAUCCCAGCUGUUAUCAGAAAGGUUCAGAUAAACCCACUGAACACUACCUGCUCAGAGACACAGAGACUAGAGACCACAGUGCGAGUAACUUAUAAGCCAUGUUGUGUUUUGUGUAAAAGGCAUGCCAUAAUGAUCAUGAACUGAGUGGCUAACACGCUACAAGCAUUAACUUACAUGUCCUUUCUCUGGAGUUUGUUUUUAAAGGCAUUCUGGAAAAUGUAAGAAAUCGUUGCAGCAACAGUAUAGGAAGCAGGUCAUAUAAUAACUUUGUAUGUAGCAUUGGAAGAGGAUCUAAACCAGGAUUCUCCCCUUUAAGACUCACUACUCACCAAACUUUUUACUCAGUGCUGUGAAUACAAACAAGGUGGCGACUGCAUUGCCUUUAGCUAUAGUUUCAAACUUGUCCAGCUUGUAGAACUGCUCUAAGAUCAAGUUCAGUUUGUCGUUAUGGACAACUCCUAAUACACUGUGAGCCAUCAGAACGUUACAAACGGGUACAUAUUAAUAGCAUUAUGUCAUGCAUUCAUUUUCCUCAUGUUCCUGGAAUGAGUGUCAUGAGAUUGUUAGUAUUUGAUGCUGUCGAUUAUAUCUUGUUCAAAUUUUAUUGAUUAAAAUACACAAAAGCUUUAAUAGGAAUACAUGUGAAAUUGCUUACAGUGAAACCUGUGUUUAUGAGGACCAUAAACUAAGAAUAUACAGCACUGUUAUUUACUUUAUUACAUCGCUAAUACUUCAAGUAAAGAGUUGCUCAGGUCUUUGGCUGCACAUGGAAAUCGGAACCACUUGGACAUUUUGGCUGCAGUUGUAGUUUUCAGGCUUGUAGACAUGGUAUGUAAAUGUGUAAUAUAUUGAUGGAAUGCUAUGAUAUUCGGUAUUGCUUUCUUUCAUCCGUCUUGUAUGAUUGUUAAAUAUAUCUUAAAGACACACAUUUUAGAUAUUUGAAAAAGGGAAGGUAGCUGGAAGACCUGACCAAUAAAGAUGAAUGUAAAAUGGGUCGUAA